GUCCCCACCAUUGCACGUAUGUGGAAAACUUUGUAUGGUUAAAAUAUGACAAUAGGAGGAAUUCAUCCAUACUUUGAAUUUGAAGAAUAUUAACCCCUCCACAAACGCCCUGGAUUCUGCAGUCUGUGAGAACGUGUUCCAUUUCAGCACAAGGAGGAAGUAGACAAGGAUGGCUACAUCAGACAUAUUCAUGUGGACUUCUUCCUGGCAGGGACAAACACGCAAGAAAGGAUAGUUUUUUCAUACUGAUCAUCUAACAUAAUGAUGAGCACCCACCACUUCCUUAAAUAUUUCCUGAUUUUGUUUGCUAUGACUGCACUGGGGAUUUAUGUAAUGCCACGUGGAGUCUGGAAUGUCAUGAACAAAGUAACAUUUUGUGCCAGUCCUAAACAGGACAGAGUCUUCCACAAAACAAGUUUGAAUCUUCCAACAUGUUCCUGUGAGGAAGCUACAAGCACCAGGGAAUUUGUACCACAAGAAAAACUGGAUGACAUCCUCAAACGCAGAGCAAAGGAGUACAGGCAACACAAACUGAGGACAAGGACAAACUCUGAUAUUCUACUUGCACUACCCAACUGUCCUCUCCAAUACCCAUUCAGAGGUUUCACGGUAGCUCCUAUGAAAAAAAGUGUGAUACCAGGUCUUGCACUUCAAACACAAAAGAGGAAGUUGUACAAGGUGUCCCUGAGUGUGAAGAAUGGAGUGCUCUCAGUGGAUGAUGUUUUAGAUGGAGAGCAGGUGGAUGGACAGGAUCAGACUGAAUUAAGCAUCUCAUCUUCCAACCUUUCACUUCUAAAUGAUCUUCUGGGAAGAGUGAUGUAUACCAGCACCAUCUACCACAUAAGAACAUCAGAACUGGUUCAAUUCUCUUUUGAGGAAUAUAAGGUGAUGUUUCCCAUCAUGAUAAGAAGACCCUCAAUUCCUGUUCUGUUUGACCCAGGAAACGAUAUCAACUCGCGUGUAACCAUUGCAACCAAGACCUUUCUAAGAUAUAAGGAGUUAAAAGUACUCAUCAAGAGCAUCCGAAAGUUGUACCCCAACAUCAAAAUCAUUAUUGCAGAUGACAGUGUUCAGCCAGAAAGUGUUUCAGGGAACAACAUAGAGCACUACAUCAUGCCCCCUGCAAAGGGCUGGUUCGCAGGAAGAAACCUACUUGUAUCACAAGUCACCACCAAAUACUUUCUGUGGGUAGAUGAUGACUUUGUCUUUUUGAACAAAACACGGAUCGAGAGCUUUGUGGAGAUUAUGGAAGCGAUUCCAGAACUUGAUGUACUUGGAGGUGAGGUGUCAGGUGAACAAUUCUAUUUCAAAUUUGAGUAUGUCGAAGACGAUGAGGAAGGUGGAUGUCUAAGACGCUUUAUAGGAAGCUAUCAUCAGCCUCUUUCACGCUUUGAUGGAUGCUUUAUCGUAGAUGGAGUCACUAAUUAUUUCUUGGCUAGGACUGAUGCAGUGAGAAGAGUUGGCUUCGACCCUUUUCUGAAAAGAGUCGGCCACACCGAGUUCUUCAUUGAUGGGCUCGGACAGCUGAUGGUUGCCACCUGUAAAAACCUCUCCAUUGGCCACCAGACACAUCAAGCACAUGACGAAUAUGAUAAAUACAGGACUCAGGAAGAAACUGAGGGACAGAGAAAACUUGCCCAUCAUUUCUUUAAGAAUUAUCUCAAGUGCAUUAAGUACUAAAAGACUUUUGAAGUAAAAAAUUAUUGCAAGCAAAACCAAGUCUGAAACACUUUGAGAACAAACUCUUAGUACCCUUAAAAGGGCUUUCAAGCAUAUUAAAUAAGAGUAAAAACAGAUCAAAUUAAGGGGUUGAUCUCUUAUUUAAAAUGCUUGAAAGCCCUUAUAUGAAUUGUAAAUUUUCAGACAACUCUUCAGUAUCAUCCUGAUGCUGAGCUGACGUAGACGGCCCCGGCUCUGCCUCACCAGCCAGCGCAUCACAAAUCCCACACCAAGACACUCUGUUACAGGACCCAUCCGCACAAACUUCCCUUAAUGAAGUGGAAAGCGCCGGCCAAUUUAUGCCCAAAAUUAGCGGAUGGGUGAGGCAGGAACUAACCGCAGCCUCAACUCAAAACUGAAUCGUAACAGUCACUAGAGGAUAGUCGUGGAUAUUCCCAAGCUCACACCUUACCUUCACCUUGUGACUAGCAAAGCCUUGUUUUGAACAAGGUAUUGAUGGAUGGAGGUUUGGGUGCAACCCGAAUCCACCAAGGCCUGGUAUGUACGCCCCUUAAUACUCACAGGUAAGCGGCACAUCCCAGCUUGAUCAGGGGUGAACUGUGGUGCAUCGGGGUUCUGAACCAAUGUCCUCACCUCCAUCACUGGACAUUGGAAGCAGAGUGGAAGUAAAGUAUAACAACUGCAACAAAAUAAAAAAAGUGUCUGAGGAAAUACAUAUGUGUAGUUUAUGUGUAGAUUGUGUUAUGUGAAGCUCAAUAUGAACAAUAUGAAAUUUCAGUGUGGAAGAAAUUAAUCCAGUUGUAGAUUUGUUGCAUCAUCUCUUUCCAUGCGUUCAGACCAGAGGCGGCGAGAGCAACAAAUUUAGCUCUGGUUGCCCUGCCAACAACGCUAUCGAAGAUUCGUGGACGCUCUGACUUAUUUUAAAUAGGUGGCAACGUUCGUUGAGAAUGCUUGGUUUUGUGAACUAUAUUUAAAGGGGCCACAAAACAUCCAGACAUGUCGACCGGUAUCUUUUUUACGACAUAUCACAAGUAGCAUAUAUCCUCAUGAAAUAUUUUAAUAUAUUAUUAUAUAAUAUUAUAUAAACCAUAAUAUCCACUUCAUCAACUCACCUGGUACACUAACAAUUUCAGACACCUUUGUCCACUCAUCGUUUUUUUAUUUUAUUUAUAUCCCCUUGAACUUUCCUCUGACGCCCACACCGCCCAAGACUCGGCGCACCGCUUCUCGCAGCCGAGAGACGCUGGCUGUCAUCGAAAAUGAAUGACUUCUGGUCGAUUUGACGCUCUCGACGCCUCUGGUCUGAACGCAUGGUUUAAUACAUGAAAGGGCCUCUGCUUAAAAGGGCACCUUUAGAUUUUUGAACGAAAGGGGUAGGGUCUUGUGCUCCUGUAGUCCCCGGUCUGUGCACAUAAGUGAUCAGAAUAUUUUCUAUUCUAUUAUUUUCUAAUUGUCUUGAAUUUUGUAUUUUUUAUUUUACACUAUCUGGGGAUUUUGUAGAUUUGUUUGUGAUAGAUGCAUGUGUUGGAUAUCUAAAGACCUGAGUAUGUAAUAAUGUUUAGCAAAACACCCAUGCAUUAUCACACCAAUAAGGAAUUUUCCUUCCAGCAGAACAAUUCAUGCUUGAAGGUCCGCUUCCAUGUUUUUUGCGAGUCUUAGUCAUUAAAGGGCAGCGCCAGCUAGACAUGCAACAGGCAGCUGGACAGAGAAAAGUUCAUAGACAACAUGUUUUAAAAGUUUCAAAUUUCAUUUAACUCAACACAGUGUCCUUACAAUCAAGCUUUUAAGGCCAGAGAUGCUGAAAACCAUUGAAACAUAACACAACACAGUCAAAUGCUCCAACAUUUAAUCACCCUCAUAACUUUCCAGAUGUGUAGGACUAUCUAUCUUCUGCUGAACACAAAAAAAGAUUUUUAGAAGCAUUUAUCUGCUCUUUUGGUCUAUACAAUGCAAUACCAACAUUUUGAAACUACAAAAGCAUAUAAAGACUGCAUAAAAGUUAUCCAUAUCACUCCAGUAGUUAAAUCCAUAUCUUCAGAAGUGAAAUGACAUGUGUGAGAAACAGAUACAUUUUUACAGUAAGUCAUUUUUUACUAUCAAUCUCCACUUUUACAUUCACAUUCUUCUUCUUUUGUUUUUGGUGACUAGCAUUCUUUGUGCAAAUUGUCACCUACUGGACAGGGAGGAUAAUUUAUGUAAAAAAAAAAAAAAACCCUACUAACUCAGAUACAUAAAAAUAUAUUUUGUUUGUUCUUGUUGUUGUUUCUUGUGGUGGCCCUCGCAUGUUUAAAUAAUUGCAUUAACAACACCAGAGGAAGCUGAAAGCAUAAAAUCUCUUUAUUUAUUAAACAGACCAAUCAAACCAAAAUAUAGCUGAAAAAGGCCAAACAGAAGACAAAUUAAAUCUGCCUCCUUCCAUAUUAAUAGUAAAUCAGAGUAAACAUUUAAAACCAAUUGGCCUUCCGUAUCACUUUCUUGCGUAAUCAGCCUGUUUGUGGUGAAUGCGGCAGGUGAAGAGACACUUUCAAAUGUAAACAAAACAUUGGUAAAUUGGGGCCAGGGGCCCUUGACUACCGGGGUUCCGGGAGGGCCCUGGGCGGCAAGGUCUCGUGACCCAUCUACUUUGAAAACAAAUAUUGAAAAUGCUUGAAUAUGUGGGCCUCACCGCUUAUACAAGAACCCCUCAAUAGACCCAUGUGACUCUGAGGGCCUUCAGUCCUCUUAUAGAACCCUUUUGCCUGCCUGUUUCUUAUAAAACAUUUUAGCCACUCUUUAACACAAUAAUGCCACUUGUAUCAUAUUUUAUACAUGACUUUGU